UUGCCCACCGCUACUGUAUAUGUAACCCCGACCAAAUCAAGAACUUCCGUAACCCCGACACAAUCUUCCUGUUGGCGUUUGCCAUAAUCAUGCUAAACACAGACCUACACAACUCCAAUAUCAAAAGUGAUAAACGCAUGAAACUGGAAGAUUUUAUUAAAAACCUCCGAGGUAUUGAUGAGACAGACGACAUAGAUAGGGAUUUACUAAGAGGGAUCUACGAGAGGAUCCGGGUACAGGAUUUCCAACCUGGGGUGGAUCACCAAUCACAAGUGAUGAAAGUAGAGCAGACUAUCGUCGGAAAGAAACCGCAAUUGGCGUUACCGCACCGGCGGCUAGUAUGUUAUUGCCGACUUUACGAGAUCCAUGACCCUUACAAGAAAGAGAAGAUUGGUCUACAUCAGCGGGAAGUCUUUCUUUUUAAUGAUAUUAUUCUGAUUACCAAAAUAUUUAGUAAGAAAAAGACAGGUAUCACUUACUCCUUCAAGCAGUAUUUCUCACUGUACGGCAUGCAGGCGUAUCUGUUUGAGACCUCACAUUAUCAAUAUGGUAUUAGGUUGUCAAGCAAUGGUAAAGUCCUUAUCACAUUUAACGCACGGAACGACCACGAUCGGCAAAAGUUUGUCGAAGACCUCAAAGAAGCUAUCCUUGAGACGACCGGAUUAGAGAGUUUGCGUAUCGAGGAGGAGUUACAACGGCACCGUGCCACUCGGAACACAAUCGACGACGACUCGCGAGUGCUGAUCUAUGAUGUACUGAAACCGUCGGAGCCCGCGGUAAAUAGACUCUCUGCUCCUGAGUGUGGUAUCAAGAAGUCUUCUUUGUCAAGUUCUCUACUAGAUAUUUGUGAAGGUCAAGGGCUGAAGCGAGAAGACAGUGGUGGUGGAGGAUCAACAGACAGCGGUGUGAUUCGUUUUGCCGGGGUCAAAGUUCAUAUCUCCCAGUCUCACCUGGGACAGAGUAGUCCUCACCCUCCUCCACUUUAUCCUCAUCAUCAUCUAACCCAGGCCUCGGUUGGCACAGCGAACACUCCCUGUUGUGACGAUCCCGUAACUCUACAACACCAACACUACCAACAACAACAACAACAACAGCAGCACCAAGUCAUAUCAUCCAAAAACAACGGUCCCACCACGACCAACACUAGCGCCACCUCAUCUUGUGCGAAGGCUGCAGGCGGCCGCAAAUACCGCACUCUCCCCCCACACCACCACACGGCCAGUGGGGGCGCUGGGAGUGGCAUUGUCAUCUUCAGCAAGUCCCACACGCAGACUCUCCAUCAUCAUCAUCAACAGCAACAGCAGCAGCAGCAGCAACAGAAGAAGAGACAGCAGCAGGCGAAGCAUGGCAUUGUGGUUGUCGAGCCGGUCAACCGUAGCAGUAGCAGCAACAGUAUAAACCCUUCCGCCACGACCACCACAACGGGAACCAGUAACAAUCGACUGUCCAGCCCUCACAUCAACUUUAGACCAACUGUGCCCGAGGGGACAGAAGUAUGAUAUACAUACAUAUAUAUAUAUAUAUAUAUAUACAUACACACAUAGGUGUAUGUAUACAUAUGUACACGCAAUCAUGUGUGUACGUGUGUAUAUGUACGUGUCACAAUUGUGUGAUAUACACAUAUAAAUUAUUAUAUAUAUGUCUUCAGAAAACAAAGACAGUUGUGUGAUGUAUGUAUAAAAUAUACACCCAUUUAUACAUAGUAUGAACAUUUGAUGUAAUCUCUACUCACACACAUACACGUCUGCGUGUAUAUAUAUAUAUAUAUAUAUACACCUACGUCUAUAUAUAUACUGAUGAAUUUACGUGAAGACUGAAGAAUAUAUGUGUGUGUAUAUAUAUAUAAAUAUAUGUAUGUAUAUAUGCAUACGUAUACACAUGUAGCAUAGAAUUUUAUGUAUACUGUAUACAGGCACAUGUGAAUGUGCGCAUAUAUACAUGAGUGUGUGUAUAUACACACAUGCGCAUACUUAUACAUACUUGUGAAGCAACAGUGUGAUAUCUACGAUAUAUACGCACAGUUAUACAUUCAUACAUAUAUAUGUAUAUAUAUAUACUCACACAUUUAUACAUACAUGUAGACUAUUCAAUAUAUAUAUAUAGAUAUAUACACACACACACACAUACAUAUGACAUGUAAUUCAUGUAUACAAACAUAUACAUAGUUUUUUUAAUAUACACAGUAUAUAUAUAUAUAGUUAGAUACAUAACAUAUAUGAAGAAAUAUACGCAUUGUUGCAUAAAUAUGUAUAUACAUAAACAAAUGUACAUAAUUAUAUAUAUAUAUAUAUAUACGCACACAUCUAUAUGUACUAUAGCCUUACACACACACACACAACAGACAUGUUACACUUGUAUAUUCUAAAAUAUAUGUAGUGUUAUUUAUUUAUUUAUAUAUAUAUAUAUACACUCAUCUCAGAAUGUAUACACACACACUCACACAUAUAUACGGAUAUGUGCCCAUCACAUACGUGCAUAUACACUCUUUUAUACACACACACAAACAUAUAUACAUAUAUACAACACAAAGCAUAUAUAUAUAUAUAUAUUUACAUACACAACCCAUUUAUGUGUAUAUAUAUAUAUAUACACACACACACAUAUAUACAUAUACACACAAACACAUGUAUACAUAUAUAUAUAUAUAUAUAUAUAUAUAUAUAUAUAUAUAUAUAUAUAUAUAUAUAUAUAUAUAUAUAUAUAUAUAUAUAUAUAUAUAUACAUGCACACAUACAGAUAUAUAAACAUAUGCAUAUAUAUAUACACACAUAUACAAACACACACACAUACACAAACAUAUAUAUACAUAUAUACACAUACACAUUCACAAACAUAUAUACACACAUACACAAACAUAUAUAUAUAUACACACACAUACAUAUAUAUAUAUAUACAUAUAUACACACACAUACACAAACAUAUAUAUAUACAUAUACACACACACACACAAACAUAUAUACAUAUAUACACACAUACACAAACACAUAUAUAUAUAUAUACAUAUAUACACACAUGCACAAACAUAUAUAUAUACAUAUAUACACACACACAUACACAAACAUAUAUAUAUACAUACACACAUACACAAGCAUAUAUAUAUACAUAUACACACAUACACAAACAUAUAUAUACAUAUAUACACACACAUUUCUCCAUGUUCUUCUCUUGACAGCACCCCUCCCCACUCCUACUGAAUUCCACCACCGCCACCACUGAUAUGGAGCUGGUAGCAGAAGCAGCGGUGUUGGACAAUGUCCAUAACGUGUGGUACACUAAGUUAGCUGGAUUGCCAGAAGGGCAGUGGUGACCCACAACAUUACAUUACAUGACACCCACACUAUAGCCUAGCCUUAUGCACCACCACCACCACCACCACCACCACCGCCAUCACUAGAAAGAGAGACCGAGUAGAAAAGGAAGGAAAGCAGGACAUUUUAUUUGUGAUGUUGUGGCUGGCAUGUUGUAUAAUGGCAUUGAUGAUGAUGAUGAUGGCCUUAGUAGCAAUAAUAAUAAUAAUAAUAAUAAUGACAA